AUGAAUUCGAUAGAAAAUUCUGUAAUUGAUGUAAAGCCCCUGGUGUUCCCUAAAGAUGUUUUAGCCAGAAUUUCACCAGAUUUAAUUUUACAGAGAUAUCUUUCAUUAAAUCUUAGACCGUCCAUAAGGAGCUUUGAUGAGUUCAGAGAUAUAUCAGUGAGUAAUAUAGAUGAUAUAGAGAAUGAAUUUGCUGAUAAUGUACUGGGUACAAAUAUUUUAAAAUGUGGCAAAACUAUUAUCAUAACUACAAUUACUGCCAGCAUAAUUAAAGAAGAAAACCAAGAUGAAACUUUUGAACGAUAUUAUGAAGACAUUAGCGGCGUUGAAAGAAGAAGAAAUAAAGUGUCGGAAUAUGGUUCGGUAUAUCCAGUUGUGGAAAUCGAAAGGGGAAGAGGCAAUGCCCCUCCGAGUGACGAGGAAAUGAAUAUUGGACAAAAACUACAUGAUAAUAUUUUGCAUUCAGGUUUAAUUUCGAAGAAAAGUCUAAAGGUAGAUUAUGGUGUACGAAUUACAGAUUUAGAAACUAAUAAAUCCAAAAUAAUAUAUCCUGAAGAGGAUGAAAUUAAUGAUGUACCUAUUUUACAACUAAACCAUUAUCAAAAAAAUCUAAAAUAUGUAUUACACGCAAAAAUUACUGUGUUUAGUAGAACUGGUCCAUUAUUUGAUUUAUGUUGGAAUUCGCUAACUUAUGCUCUUCAAAAUACCAAAUUACCAAAAGCUUUUAUUGAUGAGAAAGCAGUAAGUUUGAAAACGAUUAUCAGAUCCAGGGGUAAAACCACAGAACUUAGAGAAAAUUUUAAUAUCAUAUGUGAUACGAACACUAGGGUUCCACUACAAUUAAAUAAAGAGAACAUUGCAUACGCUUCAAAUUAUGGUAUUGUAGAUCUUGAUUAUGAUCUCAUUGACACCGAAUAUGAAGAAAAAAAUAAUGAUAAUGACAAGAAAACAGUACUUUUAGCUGACAUAAAUACUGAGUCUGAGGAAGAAUACAUCAAUUCUAGUAUAUCUAUAAUAACUAAUAAAUAUGGAAAUUUAAAGAAUAUAAUAGUUCUGGGAGGUACAAGUAAAAUAUCGAUGGAGAUAUUAAAGAAGUCAAUAUCACUUUCUAAAAUCAGGGCCCAUGAUUUAGAAAGUAAAGCAUAG